UUAUGAUAAUAAUGAGAUGCGAUUACUAAAUGCAAAAGUGACGAAGGGAUUCUAUGAGAGUGUUGCUAAGUUGGUUCCCAAUAUAGAUGAGCAAGAUCAAAUAGGGGACCAACUAAGUGCUUAUACUAAUUCUGAAGGGACCUUUGGGUUUCCAAUGGCUAUAAGACAAAGAAAGAAGAAGUCUCCAGUUGAAUGGUGGAGGCUUUAUGGUGGAGACACUCCAGAAUUACAAAAGUUUGCCAUCAAAGUUCUAGGUCUAACUUGUAGCUCUUCCGGAUGUGAGAGAAACUGGAGCGUGUUUGAACAUAUUCAUAGCAAGAAGAGGAAUAGACUAACCCUAAAACGUCUCAAUGACCUAGUGUUCAUAAAAUAUAAUAGAACAUUGAGGCGUCGUUACAAUGCUCGCAAUGUAAUUGAUCCAAUUGGUUUGGACAAUAUUGAUGAUGCCAAUGAAUGGCUCACCGGGGUUGAGAAUGCUGAAGAUGAAGCAAUUUUUUAGGGAGAUUCUGAUUUCACUUUCGGUGUUGUUGCCGAGGCAAUGGGGGUAGAGGAGAACUAGUAUGGUUUAAGGGGGAAUACUUCAAGCCAACGUAGGAGGGGAAAAGAAGUAGCUACAAGUCAUUCCCUAGUUGAUGAAGUUGAAGAAGAUGAUAAUGAAAUUGAAGAAGAUGAUGAGCAAUAUGGUGAUGAUGUGGGAGUACAAGAUUUUGACAAUCUUGUAGAAGAAUAAGAACUAGAUGUCGAACUAUUAGUAGCUUUGAUUUUGUUUGUCCUAUGGUCUGGAGGAUUUUGUGAUAUCCACUUUAGUUUUUUAUUUGAAAUUUUAGUCUAUGGAUAUCUACUUUAGUUUUGGAUUUGAACUUUUGCUUAUAUAUAUAUUCUCUAUUUAUUUU